AUGAAGGAUUGGGCUCCCUCCAUCAUCGAUUCAGCUCUGUUUGCAUUCCUGAGCCCCGGAGUGAUCUUUCAGUUGCCGGGGAAGCACCGGCCAGUCGACUUCAUGAACAUGAAAACCAGCUGGGCCACUCCUGGGUCUCCAUUCUGGCCCAUGCUCCUCAUGUCGUUCCUUGUCAUUCUGCAAGCUCAUCUCUAUAUUUAA